GAGCUUCUUUCUUCCCGAAAACUUGUCCGUUCGUUUGGCAGCAUUGUCUGUGAACGAAAGGUGUGGAACAGGAAGGCGACGUCUCCGUAGUCAAUUUCUGGACGUCUCUUCCGGUUAAGAACCGCUUUCGUGAGGUUCUUAGCUCGUCAAAAUGGGACGGUACUCGCACGAGCCCGAGGUGGCUACCAAGUCAUGCAAAGCCCGAGGAUCGAAUCUUCGUGUGCAUUUCAAGAACACCCGUGAAACCGCCAAGACCAUCAGGAGAAUGCCCCUGAGGAGGGCUGUCAAGUACCUUAAGAAUGUUAUUGAACAGAAGGAAUGCGUUCCUUUCCGUCGCUUCAAUGGUGGUGUUGGCCGUUGCGCACAGGCUAAGCAAUGGGGUACCACACAGGGUAGGUGGCCCAAGAAAUCAGCUGAAUUCCUCAUUCAGCUGCUCAAGAACGCUGAGUCCAAUGCUGACUACAAGGGUCUGGAUGUGGACAGGCUGGUCGUAGACCACAUUCAGGUGAACCGUGCCCCUGUCCUGCGCAGGAGGACGUACCGCGCCCACGGUCGCAUCAACCCCUACAUGAGCUCACCUUGCCACAUCGAGGUCAUCCUGACCGAAAAGGAGGAUGUCGUCUCCAAGGCAGCGGAGGAUGAGCCCACCAAGAAGAAAGUUUCCAAGAAGAAGUUGGCUAAGCAGAAGGAAAAGAUGAUGAGGGAAUAGGCUGUAUCAAUCGUUUCUUCUCAAUAAAAAUUGUAAAAUCCA